AUGAGCGCUGUUGCCACUAAACGAAUUGGUAAAGAUCUUCAACUUCUACUAGCCUCUAUUAAAUCAAAUAAUGGUAAUAAUACCACAGGUCCUGUUGUUAUUUCUGUUGAUAGUCAAACCCUUCAGGAAUGGUAUGUAGAGGCAAAAGCCCCUGUUAACAGUAUAUACCAUAAAUGGUCCGAUGGUAGUGAAAGAAUAUAUAAAUUGCUUGUUUCCUUCACAGAUGAAUUCCCACACGAGGCCCCAAAAGUACGAUUUCUCUCCGUUCCCUACAGUCCCUUAGUAACACCGGAUGGAAGUGUGUGUGAGGAGAUCAUUGUGGCGGACUGGAGUCCGGAUCAGCAUGCGUUGGAUGCGAUCAUGUUAGUAUUAGAGAAGGUCUUCUGCACAUAUGUGGAGUCUCCAGAGGAGGAUAUUUUUCAUGAGGCACGGGAUUGUUUAGAAAAGAAUCCAGAGGAAUUUACAGCUCGGGUACAACAACGUCAUUAA